GGGUUCUGCAGGCAGCCUCCAGCCAGGGGUAACCUUGGGAGCACGGGCAAGGGCUUUAAGUGAUCAGCUCUUUUAGCAGUAAUUUCUGCCCUGUGAUCAGCUCUGUUCAGCCCAGCCAGCUCCGUUCCAGGGUUCCCCUGCCAACACAGACAAGAGACGGUAGACCAUAUGAUGUUCUACGGAGAGUCCUUUAAUGCAGGCUUCAGCGAAGGGGCCCAGUGAUGGUCUAACCCUGAAUUGGAUACCUGGCAUGGCCUCAUCAUCAACACCUAAAUAUAAUUCAAACUCCUUGGAGAAUUCCUCAAGUAAACGGACUCUAAAAGAUGGAGCUAACUGGGAACAAAAUGAAGAAAUACCUCAUCUGCCAGGAGAGACCAGGGUUACAGACAAGGAUGUUAUUUAUAUGUGUCCAUUUAAUGGCCCCAUUAAAGGAAGACUGUACAUCACGAACUACAGGUUGUACCUAAGAAGUAUGGAAAAUGAUCCAGUUGUGAUUUUGAAUGUUCCAUUGGGUGUAAUUUCAAGGAUUGAAAAAAUGGGAGGAGCUUCAAGCAGAGGAGAAAACUCUUAUGGAUUAGAUAUAACCUGUAAAGAUAUGAGGAAUUUACGGUUUGCAUUAAAACAAGAAGGGCACAGUAGGAGAGAUAUAUUUGAAGUCCUCACAAAAUAUGCUUUUCCCCAGUCACAUAACUUGAUUUUUUUUGCCUUUGUAAAUGAAGAAAAGUUUUCUGAAAAUGGAUGGAUGGUGUACAACCCAAUGUCUGAAUACAGGAGACAGGGGCUGCCUAAUGAACGGUGGCGAGUGACCUUCAUUAACGAGCAUUAUGGGCUAUGUGACACAUAUCCUUCGCUCUUGGUCGUGCCAUACAAUGCAACAGAUGAUGAUCUCAAGAAAGUUGCUGCCUUUAGGUCCCGAAAUAGAAUUCCGGUUCUCUCAUGGAUUCAUCCAGAGACCCAAGCUGUAAUCAUGCGCUGCAGUCAGCCCCUGGUUGGAAUGAGUGGCAAGCGGAGUAAAGAUGAUGAAAGAUACCUUGAUACCAUCAGGGAGGCCAAUGGGCAGAUCUCCAAAUUGACCAUCUAUGAUGCAAGGCCCAAUGUCAAUGCAGUUGCAAACAAGGCAACUGGGGGAGGAUAUGAAGGUGAAGAUUCAUAUCCCAAUGCAGAACUUUUCUUUUUGGAUAUUCAUAAUAUUCAUGUCAUGCGGGAAUCUUUGAAGAAGCUGAAGGACAUUGUUUAUCCCAAUGUGGAAGAAUCACACUGGUUGUCAAGUCUGGAAUCAACCCACUGGUUAGAACAUAUAAAGCUCGUGCUGACAGGAGCCAUUCAGGUGGCAGACAAGGUGUCAUCGGGCCGGAGCUCAGUGCUGGUUCACUGCAGUGACGGCUGGGACCGCACGGCUCAACUCACCUCCCUGGCCAUGCUCAUGCUGGACAGCUACUACAGAACCAUUGAAGGUUUUGAAGUUCUGGUGCAAAAAGAGUGGAUAAGCUUUGGACACAAGUUUGCAUCGAGAAUAGGCCACGGUGAUAAAAAUCAUGCUGAUGCAGACAGAUCACCCAUCUUUCUCCAGUUUAUUGAUUGUGUGUGGCAGAUGUCUAAACAGUUUCCUACGGCCUUUGAAUUCAACGAGCAGUUCCUGAUUACAAUCCUGGAUCACUUGUACAGCUGCCGGUUUGGCACUUUCUUGUAUAACAGCGAGUUUGUCAGAGAAAAAGAGAAAGUGACUGAGAAAACAUUAUCGUUAUGGUCUUUGAUAAACAGUGAAAAAUCUAAAUACACCAAUCCUUUUUAUAAUAAAGAGCUAAAUCGUGCACUCUAUCCAGUAGCCAGCAUGCGGCAUUUAGAGCUCUGGGUCAAUUACUACAUAAGGUGGAACCCAAGGAUUCGGCAGCAAGAAUUGGUGGCUGAUUUUACUGAGUUUGGACAAACUAUUUGUGCAAGGAUUGACUUUGGGGGAGACAGCUGGAAGGCAGAGGGCUCUCAGCCAAACCCCGUGGAGCAGCGUUACGUGGAGCUUCUUGCAUUGCGUGAUGAUUAUAUCAGGAGACUUGAAGAGCUUCAGAUCACAAAUAAUUCUAAGAUAUCCAAUUCAUCAGCCUCAUCAACAUCUCCCUCACAAAUGGUGUCCCAAGUACAAACACAUUUUUGAAAGAAAUGUUGGCUUCUUUCUAUACUGUAAAAGCAAGUGGUGCUUAACAUAGAUCUAUAGCAUAAAGAGGAAUAUUCUAAUGCCUUACAUUAGACUGUCUUAAUACAAAUUAUUUUAGUCUGUCUUCAUUUGAAGAGGACUUAAAAAAAACCUCAACUCUUCAGUUAUGUGCCUUUGAGGACCUGUGGACUGGAAACAUUAUUAAUCAACUCAUAGCUAUGGUAGGCUUUAAGAAUGAUUUUGGUAGGCCUGGUACAAUUGAAAUUAAAUUGAUUUAUUGUUUUCAUAAGAAUGCUUUAAUUUAUUACAUUUUAGAUCAUGCUUCUGUAAGGAAAUUUAUGCUCAGUCUUACAUGUCAUGAACAGAAUAAUGGCAGCAGGAAUAUUUGCAUUGUAUAAAAUUAGGUAUGUCUGUAUUCCUAUUAGGAAUACAUUCGUGGAGUUCAUGAGAGAAAAAUAAAUUCUGUUGCAAGAUGUCAGAGAAAAGUGUUGAAACUUUCUGAUUACCUGAGAAUUCCAAAUUUUCCUUUUUUAAACAGAAAUAUUAAAGGCAUUUCACUGAUAUGCUUCUAAAUAAAAAAAUCAAAUAGCUCAGUAGAUGUCAAAAUAAAAGGAACUUUUUUAUUGUAAAUUGACUUUAUUUUUUUUAAAAAAAUGAAAGUUGUACUGGAUUCUGAGAAGUUUUGUUUGGGCUAGCUGUUCAGCACUAAAGCACAGUACAGGUUAUUACUGUAGGCAGUAUUGGUUCUUUGGAUUAAUACAAAAAUAAAUGUUUCCAAAAGAAGUUUGAUAUAAUUAAAAAUAGAACCAUGGAGACAUUGCUUAAAUAUCCAGCAGUAGGCAUAGUAUUAAAGUUUAUUUGUCUUCUAAAAAUAAAUGUGCCUGUUUAAAGGAGCUUUUUUAUACCAAAGUAGACAAAAAUUCUAAGUUAUAAAUAAUUUUGAAAACUUGUACAUUUAUACUUUACUAUUUAACUCCUGUUCAGCAAAUUUAUUCUAAAGUAUUUAAGGGGCUUCACUAUCCAAGAUUUGCAUAUAGUGUGUGCACUUAUAUUGAACAUUCAAGUGAGCUCUAGUUUCAAGCCUACCUUUCAGAGGCUUUUUGUAAAUCUUCAAUUUGUUCCUUUCAGAUAUUUUUAAAUAGUUGCAAGCAUUUCUAAUGACAGCACAAACUUAGCUCUUGAUAUUUAAUCAAAAUUUUGCAUAUUCUCAGAAGUUUAAUGAUAUUCAGGCAGUCCAGUAAAUACUGCAGAUCAGACUCUGUAAAGGACUCUGAUAUUGUUAUUUUAAAGGAGAUACUUUAACGCUUGAGGCUUCUGUCAUUGUUAAUUAUUGUACAUGUGGUGAGUUUUGAUCUGCAAGAUACAAUAGGAUUAUAUAUAAAGUUUUGUGUAAGUGUAUAUAAUGUAGUUUAUUAGAAAUUCUGCAAGUUUAUAAAGUGUAAAUAUUUCGCAUAUUAAAACUAAAUUUAAAGGUAUAGUUCCAUAAAAGAAGUUAAAGUUUAGAGCAUAUUGAAUAUUUAAAACAGUAUUUUUUCAAAGAAAUAAAAAUAUACCGCCUCUGGAUUUAAUUUAGUUUAUGCACUGAGUUGCACUGUGUUUUCAGGGAAGUUCAGAGCACACAGCAUGUGUGUUCUAAAUAUACAGAAUUAUAUGACUUUCAUCCUCUAAAUUUCAUUCUCCCAUCUAUGCUCUCAAGUAUGUGUAUCCAAAAUAACAGUGUUGACCCUCAAUCUUUACUUGUUAAGGUAAGAUUCAUUACAUCAGAUAAAUGAAGAAGGAUACUCAGUUGUUCAUGAGGUACUUUACAUUUUGAAAGCUAUGCAUACUCUGGUAUAUUUGCCUUCCACUUACUUGUGGUUUGUUAAAAAGAAAAACAACACUUUUUUUAUUAGAAUAUUUGAAGUUUCUGUAUUUGCAUUUAACAUAUUGGUGAUAUCUCUGAGCAGUGUGAAAAAGUUCUGAAAAUCUAGUAGUUUUUACUGUGUAAACACAAACAUGAUAACCUGUUACAUUUGGCAAAGUGUAAUAUAAUGGAAAGGAUCUUUUUGCACUUGCUUCAUUAUGUAUUACUUUGUUCGUAUUACUCUUCAGCUGAAUUUGUCUUUGAAGCUCUCUAACAUGGCUCUCUAUGCAGGCUUGGAGUUUUUCAAGUCAGCAGAUAAGUGUUUUAAUUAUUUUUAGAUAUGAGACCAACGUAGAGGUGAUUUUAAUCCAAUAUGUUCUGGAAAAUACUACUUGUGAAUGUAGACAUACAAACGUACCAAUGCUAACAGAACAUUUCCCUCCUUCCCCUGUAACUGGAUGCUCUGGGCUGUCGUUCUGCACAGACCUCCUGUCGUCUGUGCACACUGAAGCCUGUUCAGUUCCAGAAGCACGCCUGGGGAAGCUUCUGAGGUCGUGUAGACGAGACUUGCAGGCGCCGAGUGCCUUUUCUAGGAGGGGGAAAAUAGCAGAGCAGGGCUGUCAACAUCACUAGCGAUGAAUGCCCGAUAUCCCAGUAUUGGAAUGCUAGUUUAGGUUUUUUGUAUUCUUCCUUCCAUGGACAUGAGGAGAGUUAGCUAGGUUUUGUGCUGGGUUCUGUUACUUAGAUUAUUUGUUGGAUGCUUUCUUUAUUUGCUCUUGUCUUACCCUUCCCCUCAGCAUCAUUGUUACAGACAUGACUUGUGUGCUACCUCCUUCUGAUGUUUUGUUAAUCUCUGCCUUGAGUUCAGGUGUUGUGUCGCAGCGAGCAUUCUGUCAUGCAUGAGAAAACAUGAUCCGUAAAAGCGCAGGAUCUCCUCACUACUACCGCUUCCUCACUAACCACAUCGGCCGCUCUCCUUGGAUAGCGCGGAACUGCUCUGGAGCCGGGCCCUACGUGUCAGGCGUUGGGUUGGAGGAAGAGCAGUGAAAAGCAUCCGUUUGCCGUGUAUGUGAGGGGAGGGGAAAAUAAAGAUGUCAGUGCUGAA